AUGACUGAUGCCAAAGACGGCGUUUCACUGUUCGAUCACGCGUCUGGCACUGCCACUGCUCCUGCUGACACUGCUCCUGCUCUCGACCGCUCACAGUGGCAGACUCGCGAUGCUGCUGCGCGCCUCGCUAUCCGCAACCACCUGCCGAUCACUGAGCGCGCGCAUUUUAGUCAGCACAAGACUGCUAAGGCGCUGUAUGACGCUGUAGUUGCGCGCUAUUCCUCCCCAGCCACUGCAGCCGUAGGACGCCUCAUCCUGCCCUACCUGUUCCCCGACCUGUCCUCGUUUACCACCGCUGAGGACCUUAUCUCUCACCUCCGCGCUAGUGACGCCCGCUUUCGUGCCGCUCUUACGGACGAGUUCCUCACCAAGAACACCCCCCCGCUGUACUUUACCCUCUACAUCCUCGUCACCCGCAUGCCUGACACUCUUAGCUCGGUCAGGGACCAUUUCCUCGCCAAGGACCCUACCACUAUCACUCUCGACGACUUCGAGCAGCAGCUUCUAGCAGACGAGAAGAACAUUCUCGCUGUAGUCAUGGAGGUCGCUCGUACUUCCAUGAUCCAUGCGGCUGCCCCCCAUUUUCUGUGGCCGUUUGCGGUCCAGUACGCCGCGCAUCAGCUCAACCUCUGGCCCCGUGUCUCCUUGCCGGAGACCUCGCCCACACUGCUGUGGACGGGAGAGGCUGGCGAUGCGUCGCGUUUCCGGGUCUGGGGUGCUCAUGCCUUUGUCCGCGAUACCACCGCGGACAAGCUCUCCGCUCGCGCCAUUCCCUGCGUCUUCCUUGGUUUUCCCCCUGACGUGCCUGGCUGGCAGUUUUACAACCCCGUCUCGCGUCGUGUCUUUGCGUCUCAGGACGUCACCUUUGACGAGUCAGUCCCCUUUUACCGUCUCUUUCCCUACCGCACUUCCCCUCGCCCCCCCCCGCCGCUCUUUCUCGCUCCAGGUCCUCCCCAGGUAGACCCCCUCCCCGCGCCAGGUCCUGCUCCUUCAGGUGUCUCUCAGGUAGACCCUCCCGUGCCUGCGCCUGUUGAGGUCACUGGUGACUCAGGUCCUGUUGGGGGUGGUCCUGUUCGGGGUACUGUGUCUAGGGGUGCUAGGCCUGGGGGUGCGGAGCCUGAGGGUGCUGAGCCUGGGGGUGCUGAGUCUGGGGGUGCUGAGCCUGAGCGUGAGGAGCCUGGAGGUGCUGAGCCUGGGGGUGUGGAGUCUAGGGGUGCUGAGCCUGAGCGUGAGGAGCCUGACAUUGCGGAGCCUGGAGGUGCUGAGCCUGAGCGUGAGGAGCCUGGAGGUACUACGCCUGGGGGUGCUGCGUCUGGAGGUGCUGAGCUUGCGCCCGCCUUCGUCCGCGUGUCCCUCUCACCUCCCAGUAGCUGCACAAGUGGUACGGUCGCCGUCUGGGUCGCGCUGCUGGUGUUCGGGGCUCUGCCGCUGGAGGUGCGUCUGCUGACGUCGCUGGAGCUGGGAGUGGUGCUGGUCCUUUGUCUACUGGAGGUACUGGAGUCGCUGGUCCCGGAGGUGCUCGUACUGGAGGUAAUGGAGCUGCUGGGGGUGCUGUUGCUGGAGACACUGCGGCUGGAGACCCUGGGACUGGGGGUGCCGGUUCUGGGGGUGUUGCUACUCGUGGAGCUGGUCCUGGAGGUGCUGGCGCUGGAGGUUCUGGAGCUGCUGGAGGUACUGGAGCUGCUGGUGCUAGUGCCACUGCACAGCCGCGACUGUUCUUCGCUCCGCCGUCUCCGUCGUCUCCGCCGCCAGGUUCUUAGCCUCCCGUAUUCUACUGGUCUUCCAUUACAGCCUGGCUCACCGCUGCCUGCUCCUUCUCCUUACACUGAGCAGACAGGGGGUCUUGCUGAGCGUCGUGAGCCUGCGUCACGUCCUGUCUCGCCUGUUCGUUCUGGUCGUACCGGUCGUCGAGUUCCUCGUCCGCGUCCGCCGACUGUCCGUGGUGCGCACCUCGUAGCCCUGCGUCCUUCCUCUGCUCCGCAGCCUGUUCCUCUACCGUCUCCCCCUGCGUCCUCUCUGCCUGCCCUUGCGGACCCUGAGUCUGACCGAUUUCGUGCUGAGCACCCUACUGUCACGAACUACGCCGCUAGUCUUGUUGCUGAGUUUGAGUCUGUCUGUCCUCCGUCCGUCGGGGGUGAGUGUGCUCUUGGCACGGACGUCCUUGAGGACAGACAGGAGGACCUUGAGUGUCUUGCGGCCGCUGCGCCUCAUCUCGUGGCCAUGCUGCUUGCCCCCGAGGGAGACCCGGAUGCACCAGACAUCCCUACCCCGCGCUCUUACGCUGAGGCGAUCGCGGGUCCCUACUUCUCUCAGUGGCAGACAGCCAUGGACGCAAAGAUGGCAUCCUGGAAGUCCACAGGCACUUACGUCGAUGAGGUUCCCCCUCCUGGGGCGAACAUCAUCGAUGGCAUGUGGAUUUUCAGGGUGAAGCGGCCGCCGGGUUCUCCGCCUGUCUUCAAGGCUCGUUACGUUGCUCGAGGCUUCAGUCAGCGAGAGGGAGUUGACUUCUUCCAGACCUUCUCCCCCACCCCGAAGAUGACCACUCUUCGGAUCUGGCUGCGCCGCCCACCUAGCUUCACUGGGUCGUUCCCUCCUGGUACCCAGUGGAGCCUCCGGCGGCCAGUCUACGGUCUCCGCCAGGCGCCUCGUGAGUGGCACGACACACUGAGGAUGACACUUGCGGCUCUUGGGUUUGCUCCUUCGACUGCUGACCCGUCGCUGUUUCUGCGCACCGACACUUCGCUGCCGCCGUUCUACAUCCUCGUGUACGUUGACGACUUGGUCUUUGCCACUGCUGACACUGAGGCUCUCGCCCUGGUGAAGUCGGAGCUGCAGAAGAGACACACGUGCACAGACCUGGGUGAGCUGCGCAGCUACCUUGGCUUGCAGAUCACCCGGGACAGAGCACGCCGCACCAUCACACUGUCUCAGUCACACAUGGUGCAGCAGGUCCUUCAGCACUUCGGCUUCACCUGGUCCUCGCCACAGUCCACUCCUCUAGCUACAGGUCACUCGCUCUCAGCUCCACCUUCGGACGAGUCUGUAGAGCCGAGUGGUCCUUACCCAGAGCUAGUGGGCUGCCUCAUGUACCUGAUGACCUGCACUCGACCUGACCUUGCGUACCCUCUUGGUCUUCUGGCUCGCUACGUGGCUCCUGGUCGGCACCAAAAGGUGCACAUGGAUGCUGCGAAGAGGGUACUGCGCUACUUGUGCAGUACAUCGGGCAUGGGGCUCGUGCUUGGAGGGCGGAGUCCAGUUGUCCUCACUGGGCACUCAGACGCUUCUUGGGUUGACGACCUGGCUACGCAGCGGUCGUCACAGGGUUACACUUUCAGCCUUGGCUCUGGCUCUGUUUCUUGGCGUUCUACUCGUUCGUCUUCUGUUCUCAGCUCCAGUUGUGAGGCUAAGAUCUACGCCACAGCCAUGGCUGCACAGGAGUUACGUUGGCUCACCUACCUGCUGACCGACUUGGGAGAGAGGCCUCGUUCUCCUCCAGUUCUGUACGUCGACAACAAGGCCGCCAUUGCCUUGUGUCAGGAUCACAGACUGGAGCACAGAACGAAGCACAUCGCUCUGCGUUACUUCCUGGCUCGAGAGUUGCAGCAGCGUGGUCAGCUUUGUCUUGCUCACGUGGCCACUCGGGCUAACACUGCUGAUAUAUUCACCUUCCGUCUGGUGAUCAUCAGCGCUUUUGUACUUUGUUAG